GCCGCCCCGCCCCGUUUCCGGUGUCAUGGCGGCCGGAGCGCGGCGGGGGCCGAGGCCGGUAGCGGGGCCGAUCGCGCGGCGGCGGCGGCGGGGCAGCGGCGGGGGGGUGAUGUGAGGCGGGGACGGCGCCAUGUCGGGGUGUGUGUGGGGCGCGGCGCCGCCGCUGCUGCUGGAGGCGCUGGGCCGGCUGUGGGAGGUGCAGGCGCCGCUGGGCAGCGGCUCCUCGGCCUCCGUCUACCGGGUGCGCUGCUGUGGGGAUCCGCGGGCCCCCCCCGGUGCCGUUAAGGAGUUCGUGCCGCCCCCGCCGCGGCCUGGCCCCGCGCGCCGCCCCGGCGGCCGCCCGCCCGCUGCCGACUGCGCCGAGUACGGCUUCCGCAAGGAGCGCGCCGCGCUCGAGCAGCUCCGCGGGCACCGCAACAUCGUGACGCUGUACGGCGUGUUCACCAACCACUACUCUGCGAAUGGCCCGUCUCGCUGUCUCCUGCUGGAGCUGCUGGACAUCAGCGUGUCAGAGCUGCUGCUGCACUCCAGCAACCAGGGCUGCUCCAUGUGGAUGAUCCAGCACUGCGCCCGAGAUGUUCUUGAAGCCCUGGCAUUUCUGCACCACAAGGGCUACGUGCACGCAGACCUCAAGCCACGCAACAUCCUGUGGAGUGCAGAGGAGGAGUGCUUUAAGCUCAUUGACUUUGGACUUAGCUUCAAAGAGGGGAAUCAGGAUGUGAAAUAUAUUCAAACAGACGGGUAUCGGGCUCCAGAGGCAGAACUGCAGAACUGCCUGGCACAGGCAGGGCUCCAGAGUGAGACAGAGUGUACCUCUGCUGUGGAUCUGUGGAGUCUGGGAAUUGUUUUACUGGAAAUGUUCUCAGGAAUGAAACUGAAACAUACAGUCCAAUCUCAGGAAUGGAAGACAAACAGUUCUGCCAUCAUUGAUCGCAUAUUUGCCAGUGAAGGGGUGGUAAAUUCAGCCAUUCCAGCUUAUCACCUCAGAGACCUUAUCAAAAGCAUGCUUCAUUGUGACCAAGGAAAACGAGCCUCCGCUGAGAAGGCUUUAUGCAGCCCAUUCUUCAGCAUUCCCUUUGCUCCCCAUAUCGAAGAUUUGGUGAUGCUCCCCACGCCUGUGCUGAGGCUGCUAAAUGUUCUAAGCGAUGCUUCUCUGCAGUGCGAAGAAGAAUAUGAAGAUAUCCUGGAAGACAUACGGGAGGAGUGUCAGAAAUAUGGACCGGUGGUUUCCUUGCUCAUUCCAAAGGAGAAUCCUGGUAAAGGCCAAGUCUUUGUUGAAUAUGCAAAUGCUGGUGAUUCCAAAGCCGCCCAAAAAAUGCUGACUGGAAAGAUUUUUGAUGGCAAGUUUGUUGUGGCUACGUUUUACCCACUGAGUGCCUAUAAGAGAGGAUACCUGUACCAAAACUUGCUGUAGGCAGUAGCAACAAUCAGGAGAGCUGUCUUGCUCCUCUUCCUCACGUGUUUUACAGUUGAAUGUACAAAAAGAGCUUCCUAGCCCUGCUUUUGAGUCAUCUGGGAAGGAGAGAUGCAAAGGACUUAACUGGGCUUUGAAACCUUUACUGCUGCUUUGUGAUGUGCAGAGGAGGCUGGGAUGGCUUUCAGCGUGUGCUUGUGUGUGUGUUGUGCUCGCUCGUUUACAUUGCGUGUGUGGCUUUGCCCCAGCAGGUGCUCAGGUGGCAGGAGUGGUGACUCUGGGAGCCUGGGAGGCCGAGCAGAUCUUGGUAAAGCACUUUUAAGUGAUUUGAAAUGAGACCAUUUAAAGUCUUGCCUGUAGUAUUUGACUGCUCUGGAGAGAGGAUGUCUUUGUUAAAUUUUCCUGUAAUGCAUGUGCUCUUCUGCAGUGCAGAGGAGGAAGGCUUUCCUGCCUUUUAUUGAUAUCUAUGGUAAAUAAAGAACCAGAAGCACCAUCCUCUCUAAACUAGACCAGGAACACUUUUGAGUCUUCACAUCACAUGGAGCAGAGAGAGGCAGUGAAAUCAGAUCUGCUGAGCCUACAGUGUUACCCUGUCACUGCUUUGUGACCCAAGAAGAGCCAACCGUCUGACCUGGCCCAGAUGGCAUGCUGGGCUUUGGCAGUGCGGGUGACGCUGCCUGCGGUGAGCUAAACUUGCUUGUAUGCUUGGGGUGGGCAGGGACUGAUGGCAGAUAGCUGUUGUCAGAGCAGUGCCAGCCUCAGACCCAACACAACCUGUAAGCACUUUGUAGCCUGAGGUGAUGUGAAAACCAUGUCGUGUGGAGUCAUCUUACUAGCAUAUACCCUGUGCUGGCACUGAUGCUCCCUAGCUCUGAUGCCAAAUCAUCUGUAGUACGUAAGCGUCUUUAGGUGAUAUUUUAGGAAAGGAGUGCUAUAGCACGCAGUAUUCUUUGUGUCUCAGCAGGGCUCCUGCCCUGCGAGUUUUAUAAGAAAGAACAAAUAUUUGUCUGUUGUAGGUCCCAUGCUUGGCUUUUCUGUGUUGUGCGUUUUGGUUUUGCUAAUGCAUUAGACUUGUAGAUUAGAAGCACUGACACUUUUGGUCCUUCAUAGGUUACACAAAGGGCCUGAGGCAAUCUGAGAUCCUGUAUGGAAAGGGCUCGCUCAGUCAUCAGACUUGACUGGCCAGAAGAAGAUCUUUCCCAGUGUCAGGGACAACCACAUGCUUUUGGGGAAAAAAACCUGGGCGAGCAGCAUCACUUCUCCCUCCGGAGCAAGCUCGCUGCUCAUGUGGCUGUAAUGCACAGGCAGAAGCUCGCUCGUGCAGCUGCUGGCAUGAGGUACAUGGUGGCUCUUUCCCAGGGGUGUGCGAACCCAUACAGCCUCUCCCUGCAGGGGUGGGCACUUUGCUCCUGGUGAGCGCUGUGCGGAACAGCCCUACCUAGAAGGGGGACUGGCGUGUUCUGGCUUGCAGCUCUGGUACCAGCUUCAGGGAGGAGGAGAGCCCUCGUGAAUUCUUUUCUCCAGGUGAAAUUCUUGCAGACAGCUGCCUGAACAGUCUCUGUCCUUCCCUGGAAUAAUACCUGAAUUACCUUGCAGUUUAGUUUCGUGUCUUGCAGAUGCUGGACUUGCUGGAAUCGUGCACUUAGAAGUUCCUCUUGAUUUUUGCCCUGUGUGGUAUGUCAGGAGAUCUGAUGUCUUAAGCCUUUCAUGAGUCUGAGUUCCCCUCUGUGCUGGUGUACAGUCCUGUCUACUGUGGCCCUUUCCAAGCUCCCCCAGAAAAGGACCAAUCUCUGAUUUUUUCUCUUGCCUUGAGGUAGUAGGUUUUCCAGGAAAAAAAAAAAAGCCCACAGUGAGUUUUAAGGUGUGAUUUGCCGAUCAGACUACUUCUGGGAAUUAUGCUAUUUUGGUGUACAUAGCUGUAAAGCAGCUUUGCGUAGAUGGGGUGUUCGAUUCAUUGCUUUUAAUUUAACUGUCCUUGCAGUGAAGCGCCUUUAGUGUCUGGGGAGAAUUGGAUGAUAACUGGGUGGGGGUUCUUCCUAAGUGAAGAGCAGUGUUUAAAGUACUCUUAAGUAUUGGUAGGUAUUGACUGACCUCAGCCCUGAGUUGUUCCUGUCCCUGGUGGGCUGAGGCAGGGGUGAAAGCACUUUGGCCCAGAAAUUCACGUGCUGCAUGCCAUCUUGUCAGCAGCAUUAAGCUGGCUGCCUGUGUGCCUGUCAGCUGGCAGAAGCAGACCCGAGAGCUUCCGCCCCGCUGAGUGCCAACCCAUGUGGGGGUGCAGGGUGUGAGGUCUGUCACCUGCUGCGGCACCGGGACAGGGAGAUGCCAGGGUGCAGGUGCAGAACGUAAACACAUUUGAGUUCUCACAUGCAUUUGUCUAGGACUGAGAGCUGCUCUGUUGUGUUUCAAGUAUAUCUCUCUUUCAGUCAGAAUUGUGCUUUGGAUUUGCAACUAAAGAUAAAGAACUGUGCCAGGAUUAAUCUUUAGAGAGGAGCUGCAACCUGUUCCUGCAGCAUGGUAGAGCUGCUCCACCAGUUUGGCUGGGGUUUUGUUCAGCUGCUUUAAUAGGAGCUAAAUAAAUCUUCAAGACAAACUCCUGCCACCACGUUUUCUCUCUGGAUGCUCAUUGACCAGGCUUGAGCACUGAGCUGGGCAAAAACCCCAAAAGCUGCUGCUUUUUUUUUUUUUUUAUCUCCUCCUGGCAAGAAUUGAAGAUGCUGAUCUCUGUCCUGUCACUGGAUCCAGCCCCUGGCUUUCCUAUGCAGGCUGUGGGGUACAGGGAGGUUUAGAAACUCCUUGGAACAGAAAUAUUCUAUCAUUAUCCCUCACCCUCUGCCUUCAAAGCUUUUUUCUAUCAAGUUGAAGCUCACUCUGGUGUCUCAGCGAGCUACUGGUGGCUUGGCAUAAGUUUCAGCCCUGCUAAAAGCUGUGAGUUUCUUAACUCUAGAUAGUAUCUGAGGUGUGUGUAUGGUAAUUCAGUCCAAGGCAUCUGUUGCGGUGUGUGCCUGGAUGGGCCUGGCUUUCCUCAUCUCCAAGUUACUGCCCGCUUGAGUCGCAGAAGCGUUGAGGCUUUCCACUUAGAUGCUCGCUGCGUUUCUCAACCUGUGCUGCUGACACAGCUCCUUUCAAACAGCCCUCAGUGUAGCACUGACCUGCGUAGUCCUAGCUAGCUGACAGCUAGACAUGAAAACCCACAGGCUGCCUUUGAGGAAGAGAUCUGCUUUGGAGAGGAAAGGGAUGAAAGAGGAAACCUCUGGAGACAGCCAGGGAUGGCUGGAGCUGCUUCGAUGGGAUGCCAGGGCAGGCACCCGGCCCUCCUCCACAGGAGGAAGCAGUCCAAGGGGCUGCGUCCUUUGGAGUGUGUGUGAGCGGGAAACGUGCUGGCACCCAGCAAUUCCUUGGUGGUGUUUGUGUUUUGUAGUUGAUCUGACAUGAAAUGUCACUGCCCAUCAAAGAAUAGCUGUCAUUCCUCUGCCACUGUGGUCUGUGUGGGAGUAAGGAGGGAGAGAGAACAUUAUUUACACUUCCACCUAUCUAUUAUAGGUGCACGGAGGGUAACUGGUUUUUAAGUCACUGGCCGAAGCACAAGUCAGCUCCCAUCUUAGUUCUGUUCCUGAUUUUUAUUCUCACUGGUCUCCAGCCCCCUAACAACCAAGCCUGAGCAGCACGUUGCGCCCGGGUUGUCUUUCCAGAGGGUUCAGUACGCUUCCUCUGCUGGGCCGGAUCCUGUAACCACGUGCCUCCCUUUGGGUUCGAUGUUGACUGUUGUAUCCCAUUGCGCACCGUUGCUGAGCAGAUCUGUGCUUGGUACAGAUGAUUAAUAAAUGAUGCUUCAGUACGAA